AUGACUUUCUCUGCAUCUUCUCUCCGUCCUACCUCAUCUCCUUCGUACUCACAGUUGUUGUGCUCUCUAAGGUACAAUAGGAAGCUUCGUAGCAGAAUAGGUUUUGUUGUGACUCAAGGAAGAAAAGAUCGCUGGUUAAGGAAUGGUGUUUGUGUUAGGUCAGUGUUGAGUGAUAAUAGACCUAGUUUUAACAGUUAUGGUGCGCCGGAAUCUGCAAGGCUUCUUGAGAGGUUGUUUGAGCAGACGCACAAGCUGGAGGACCGGACAAUGGCAGGAGAGGAUCCGUAUCUUCGUGAUUUUGAGUCUGAUCUUUUAUCGGCGCUCAUGGAAUUGAAGGAGAAGGAGGAUCAUUUACAGGAAGUUGAGAGAACUGUUAUAUUGGAGAAUGGGAAAUUGAAGCAUGCUAAAGAGGAAUUAGAGCGUCAAGAGAGUGAAAUUGAGGCUGCUCGCGAGAAGUAUAAAAGGCUUGAAGAGGAGAUGAAGGAGGCGACGGCUAGUUUGGUUUCUCAAACUGGACAGAUUGAGGAAUUGAAGAUCCAGCUUAGGGAUCGUGAUAGUGAGAUUGGUGGUUUACAUGAUGCGUUGUCUUUGAAGGAAGAAGAGGUGGAGAAAAUGAGGGUUGCUUUGGCUAAGAAGAGUGAAGAAGCUGCUAAUGUUGAUUCUGAGCUUAGACAUAAGGUUCAGCUUCUGAGUGAAGCAAACGAAGUUGUGUACAAACAAGAAAUCGAGCUUCAAGAGCUUCGGCAACUUGUACGACAAAGAGAAGAUGAACUGCGUGUUACUGUGGCUGAGAGAGAAUUAGAAGGAGAAAAGCUCAAGGUUGCGGAGGCCUCUUUAGAAAAGCAAGCGAUGGAGUGGUUGUUAACACAGGAGGAACUUAAGAGACUUGAAGAGGAAGCUUCAAAGCAUGCGCGUGAGAGUAGUGAAACACUUGAGGAUUUCAGAAGGGUGAAAAAGCUUCUCAGUAAUGUGAAGUCUGAGUUAGUUUCAUCUCAGCAAUCGUUGGCGUCUUCUAGGAACAAAAUGGAAGUACAGGAAAGGUUGAUGGAACAGCAGCUGGCUGACCUUGCAGACCAAAGAACGAGUGUCAUGUUGUACAUGGAAAAUUUAAAAAAUGCCCAAGUAGAAGUGGAGAGUGAAAGAACGAAACUUAGGGUUGCUGAGGCUUUGAAUAAAAAACUCGAACUGGAUCUGUCCACAGAGAAGAAGCUCAUGAACGAGUUACAGGAGGAGCUGAAGAAAGAGCGAGCUUCUUUGGAGCAGGCUGUCCAAGAAACAUCCUUGCUUCAACAGGAAUUAGAUAUAAAACGCGCCGAGUUUAAGAAAACAAGUUCUCUUCUUGAUAUCAAAGAGGUAGAGCUUGUUGAUGCUAAGCUAGAAAUCCAGCAAUUGAAAUCUGAAAAGGCUUCUCUUCAGAUUCUUUUAGAGGAGAAAGACUUGGAACUUUCCAGUGCUAGGAAGAUGCUGGUGGAACUAAACCAGGAAAUCUCUGAUCUUAAGAUGCUUAUGAACAACAAAGAAACACAGCUUAUUGAAGCAACCAAUAUGUUAAGGGAGAAAGAUGAGCAUGUGAAGGUAAUCGAGAAUAAGCUGAAUAAUACAACCCUGAAGGCUUUUGAAGCCGAAACUGUAGUAGAACGAGUUUUAGAUCUAACAAACAAACUGGUUGCUUCCAUUAAGAAUGAAGCAGACAUCAUCAAUUCAUCAAGACCACUAGAUGAAUUGAGCGGUCAACUAACCAUGCAACUUUCCGAGGAGCCUACUAAUGAAUUGAGUUUAAAACAAAAACGGCUUGAGAAUGUGCUCGAGCUGACCAAGGAAAGCUUAAAAACAAAGGAGAUGGAAAUUCUUGCAGUACAGAAGGCUCUAACAAUAAAAGAUGAGGAGCUUAAAAUGACUAUUGCAAGAUUGGAAGCGAAAGAGAAAGAGUUAAGAGGAGCAAGGGACAAGGUGAUAGAAGAUGCUAAUGAUCAUAAAAUGCCGCAUGCUUUGGCGCAGACGAGAAUCGAUGAGAAAAAUAUGGAUGACUUGGCAAUAGAGAAGCUUCAGCUUGAGGUUAAAGCUGCUACUAGUGCUCUGCAGAAACUUGCUGAAAUGAGUCAACAACUUUUGAAUAAAACCAUCCCGAGUGUUGAAGCUGAUAGCUAUAUCAGUGCCAUGCAAAAUAACAAUGACAUUAAACUCGAUUUAAUCUCAAAUAUCAAUUGCAUAGACUGUUUAGCUGUGGUGAAAGCAGGAGUUGCUCGACUCUCGGCAUUGACGGAGCAACUUGUGUCGGAUGCUGGUCUUAUAGCUGCAAGCUAG